CAGGGGAAGAACCUUAUGCCGCCCUAACAACUUUAUUCAUACAACUCAUUUCCUUGACAUACAACAGGCCAGUCUAGAGCACACGACUCUCCAAGCCUAGAGCUCUUUGUUCUGUAGCCUAGAGCACACACUCUGUAAGCGCCUACCAAGAAUAGUACGUCAGCGUUCCUUGUCCCUUCCGCUUACAACGCUCGCGUACCUGUCGCUUGCCAGGAUGCGCUAUGGGCACACCGCUACCAAAAGACACAUGCCGAGCGGCAGCCACACGACAACGCUGUCCACGCUCUGCUGCGCCACCACUCCCGUCGCAUUGUCGCAUCUUCGCCCCUCCUGACAUUCCACUUGAACCUUUUAACUAAGUUUCCAGAUCCAGACUUGCAACCCACUACCCGCCAUGGCACCAAUGACGGUCGAAGAGCUGCAGCAGCAUCCUGAAUUCAACCACACGAUCUGGGAUCUCAAACCAGAAAAGAAAGGCAAGGCCGUUGUGGCCAAAGACCGUGGCGGACCCCUUGACAUCGCUUACGAGGUCCAUGGCCAUGGCGACAGACACCUCGUGUGGGUCAUGGGCCUUGGUGGCAUGAAGUACGCAUGGCAGCGUCAGACAAAAGACUUUGCUCAUAAUAAAGGCGACCAAUACUCGUCGCUAGUGACGGACAACCGUGGCAUUGGCGACUCCGACAAGCCCACGUCGAGGUACUCCACUUCUGCCAUGGCUCAAGACCUGGUCGAGGUCCUCGACCACAUCGGCUGGACCGGCAAGCGCGAACUGCACGUCAUUGGCAUAAGCAUGGGUGGAAUGAUAGCUCAGGAGAUAGCUAUGUUAAUACCGGAGCGGAUAUGCACACUCUCCCUCGUAUCAACAGCCGCACAAUUGUUUCGAACAACCGGCUUCCUCGAAAACCUCAUCAACCGCGCCAACCUCUUCAUCCCAAAAUCCCUCGACGCACAAAUCGAAGGCGUGAAAAAGAAUCUCUACACGCAACAAUGGCUCGACUCACCCGACACGCUCGAACCCGUCGUCCAAGCCUUCCCCACAAACGGCGACCGCUUCGCCGCAAACGAACUAUGGAAGAGGCAACACCCGGAGUACUUUGGCAAGGCGGGCUUCAUGCUACAAGCCAUCGCUGCAGGUUGGCAUCACAAGAGCCCUGAGCAACUCCAACAGAUUGCGACGACGGUUGGCAAGAACAGAAUCAUGGUUGUUCAUGGGACGAAGGAUCGUAUGCUGACGUUCCCGCUGGGCGUUGUGCUGUGGCGUGGAUUGGAGAAGGGCGAAGGUGUAACGGGCAAGGAGAACUGGUUAGGUGUUGAAGAGGAAGACGACGUUUGGCAGGAAGGUGAGAUUGAGAAGCAUUUUAUCAAGGGUCAGGGACAUGUGCUGCCUGCGGAGAUGAGGGAAGAGUUUAAUGGGUGGAUCGAAGGGUUGGUUGAGAGGGGUAUUCGUCUGAAUCAAGAGGAGGGUCUGUAGAGCACUGCCCAGCUACUUUUGUUGUUGGAUGAUCUCUUGUCAAAAUAAAUACGUGUAUAACCGUCUUCUGCCCUACAAUUUCCACAUGGUAUAAUUCAAUC